AGAUAUAUUGGCGAUUGGUUCAAUAUUUCACACGUGGUUCAAACUGCGAGCUUUAAGUUUGCUCAGACCGGCUGCAAAUUGUAUGUGCGGUACAUACUCGUGAAAACUAAGAGGACUGCGAGGAAAAGCUGUUGCUGUUACCAUGAAGCUGUUGUGGUGCGGUCUUCUCUACUGUGCCCUAGUUAUCAUCGUCCAAGUUCGUGCGUACAAUUACCGACGUUACAGGGCUCCAGCCCGGAGGAUUCCGCUCUCGCCGACCAUCAGAUACACAAACCCAGCUCUCGCACAACACGCCAACGUCGGACAAGAAUCACAAUGUAGAAGUCAACCCCAAGAUGUGGUUUUUAUCAUCGAUAGCUCUCGUAGUGUCCGACCUCACGAGUUUGAGCAAGUGAAAGUCUUCCUGGGCCAUAUGGUUGACACAUUGGAUAUUGGACUUGAUAGAACCCGCGUGGCAGUCAUCAACUAUGCAAGCACAGUGAGGAUUGAGUUUAUGUUGAACACUUACACUAACAAACGAGACAUGAAGCGCGCAGUCUCUCAAAUUGAUCCACUUGCAACUGGCACAAUGACUGGUUUGGCCAUCGAGGGUGCCAUGGACAAGGCUUUCGUGGACAUUGCAGGAGCAAGGCCCAAGGACCGUGGCAUCCCCAGAGUAGCCAUUAUUGUGACAGAUGGACGGCCGCAGGAUCAGGUGUCAGAAAUCUCUGCAAGGGCUCGGGCAGCUGGCAUUGAGAUCUAUGCGGUUGGUGUGGGCAGGGCUGACAUGAUGUCUCUCAGACAAAUGGCCAGUGAACCCCUAGAUGAUCAUGUCUUCUACGUGGAGACAUACGGUGUGAUCGAGAAGCUGACGUCCAAGUUCAAGGAGACACUUUGUGGUGUUGAUAUGUGUGUCGCUGCAAGCCAUGAUUGUGAGCAAAUCUGUGUGAGCACUACAACAGCCUUUUACUGCAGGUGCCAUCCAGGUUUUAAAUUGAACGAAGACCAGAAGACUUGCUCCAGAGUGGCUAAUUGUGCUGCUGGAAACCAUGAAUGCGAGCAGAUCUGCAUGAACACAACUACUGGUUAUUAUUGCAAAUGCCGUCCAGGUUUUAGGUUGAAUGAAGACCGGAAAACCUGCUCAAAAGUGGAUCACUGUGCUACUGGAAAUCAUGACUGUGAGCAAAUCUGUGUGAACACAACAACCGGUUAUUACUGCAACUGCCACCCAGGUUUUGUAUUGAAUGAAGAUCAGAAAACUUGCUCAAGAGUGGAUAAGUGCGCCACGGGAAGCCAUGACUGUGAGCAAAUCUGCUUGAACACUGCCACCAACUAUUACUGCAGAUGCCACCCAGGUUUUGUGUUAAACGAGGAUCGGAAAACUUGUUCAAGAGAGGAUAUGUGUGUUUCUGGAAACCAUGACUGCGAGCAAAUCUGUGUGCCAACUGCAACAGGCUAUAACUGCAAAUGCCAUCCAGGUUUUAUAUUAAAUGAGGACCUGAAGACCUGCUCAAGGGGGGAUAUGUGCGCCACUGGAAACCAUGAUUGUGAUCAAAUCUGCGAGCCAACAUCAACAGGGUAUGACUGCAAAUGUCAUCCUGGUUUUAUAUUACAUGAGGACCAAAAAACAUGCUCAAGAGGUAACAUGUGUGCAAUUGGAAACCAUGAUUGUGAGCAGAUCUGUGUGCCAACUUCAACAGGCUAUAACUGUGAAUGUCAUCCAGGCUUUAUAUUAAAUGAGGAUCAAAAGACCUGCUCAAAUGAGGAUAUGUGUGCCACUGAAAACCAUGACUGUGAGCAAAUCUGUGUGACAACUGCAACAGGCUUUUACUGCAAAUGUCAUCAAGGUUUUAUAUUAAAUGAGGAUCAAAAGUCCUGCUCAAGGUUGGACUUGUGUGCAAACGGAAACCAUAACUGUGAGCAGAUAUGUGUAAGCACUGCCACAAACUAUUACUGCCAGUGCCAUUCUGGUUAUCUGCUAAACGAGGAUCAGAAAACUUGUGCAGAGGAAGCUCAGAGAAAAGUCACUAUUAAAGAUCCAUGCACGUGUGAAGCUCUUCUUGAAUUCCAAAGGAGUGUCCAAUCUACUUUUGAAACACUGGCUAGCAAACUAGAUCAAGUGACAAAAAGGAUGCAAACGAUGGAAUAUGAGCUGGGUCGAAACUGAACAUGUGUACGCUCUGUUUAAAGAGUGUGUGUGCUAGCCUGUCACAACUGUUCAGCGGAAUGACAAUUGAUUGAACAAUGCUCUUUCCCAACUUUUUAUUAUAUUCAUAAUCUCCUUAGAUAUCUGUAACUCCAAUAAAAAUAAACUUUUAAGAGUUGUAAUAAGGUUUAGAAAAUUAACAUAUUCGGGAAAUAAAUAGAAGCUAGUGUACUACCCACAUCUUUCUAACUCGCGUUACUACGCACUGCAUUGACUCAGAUGAUGAAGGUACUGGUGUUACUACUGUGAUACAUUAGUUCAGUACUAUUAUAAUAGUAUUUUGUACACAAUUAAUAAAUAAUGAAAUUGGUGGUUGAUUAAAUUAAUUAUGAGUAAACAAAUGCGCAAUAUAUCAUGUACAAAAAUGAGUACUUUCUGUUGGUUUGCCUUAAACGUAAUGUUUUGUUUAACAGUAUUUUGAUCACUGAUAUAAAGUGAUGAUAAACAAAUUGCAUAAUCUAUAUUUGAAUUAAAUUUUAUUCCCUAUUUUCAAGAUCAAAAACACACGUUUAACAAUAAAGGAGAUAAACGAAUUGUGUGCCUGUUUUAUUCUUAAAUGUUACUAUAAUCUGUUGCUUCUGCAAGAACCCUAUCAGGAUUCUGAAUCAGUAAGCACACGCACCAAACCGUUCUCUAAAUAUGUAUAAAAAGCCUGUCUUCAUUGUUAUUAUACCUUGUCAUUUGGGGAUUUUAUUCAUUUCAUUUCACAGGAAAAUAUUUUUCUUGUGUUAAAAUCUUGCCAACUCUCCCUAAUCAAGUCAUGGUUUUCUCAGUGCUCUGCCUUCAUAUAUAUUCUCUACAGUGUAUAACUAAUUCUAGUAAUUUUCAGAUAAUGGGAUAUUAGGCUAACUGACCUGUAUUUCCCUGAUUUUCUCAAUUUUCUUGAAUCGUUUUAUUUUCUGAAUGGAGAAUUGGAGAAAGGACAUGCAACUAAAUAAAGAAACAAACAAUAAAUAGAUGGGGAGAUGAAUUAAUAAAUAAGUCAACUGGUAAAAUAAAUGCAAAUAUGUUGACAAGAAAAUAGAAGCUGUAUAACAUCUUUGAUCUGGAUAAAUUUCCAAAAUCAUUCAGACCAUAGAUGUUAUGCGGCUUCCAAAAUGUUAGGGACCUAAAUGAUCUUUCCAGGUGAAACAGCAGUUCUUCCAGAUUGGUAGAGUGUAUUCUGUGCCCACAAUGUAGUCUUCCUUACAUUGGGUAUACCAAAAAAAGAUUUUGUGACAGUUCAGUCCACAGUUGUAAUGCUGAGCUUCUAAGAUGCUUGUUCUUUAAUUAUCUGUCUCCCUACUAAUUUGAUCUCUCUGCCUUUGAUCUCUA